AUGCGGCGGAAGGUUGGAGACCUCACGAGGAAGCUAGAGGCCAUGUCGGCUAAAUACGAGGCACUCAAGGAGGCGGCAUCCUCAGAGAAGGAGUCGACGUUUGACCAACUGAAGAAGCGGAUGGAGCAGACUGUGAAAAAUCAGGACGCAGUCAUCAAGGCUAUUCGACAGCAACUUGCUGAGACCCAGUCACGAACAUCGGAUCUUGCGUCGACGAAAAAAGAGCUUGCUCAACUCGCCAAAGACAACGCACGCCUAAUUUCCGAGAGCAAGAAGCUCACUGAUUCGCUUGCUGCAUCGCAGAAUGAGAGCAAAACUCUGUCCAGUAAAUUGGCUGCAGCCCGGUCAUCAACGCAGCCAGAGACCAGGAAUGUGCCAGGCAGUGCAGUGAAGCCACGAGCAAAUGGUGUUGUGCUCCCUGGUACAGCUGAGGCCGCAAAGGAGGCUCAGCUGGCCAAGCAAAAGGUGGAUCUGUACAGCGACCUGACGAACCUUGUUGUGCUGGGUAUGAGGCGAAACGAGGAAGAUGAAGAUGUGUAUGACUGUUUACAGACUGGACGCAAUGGAACAUUGCACUUCCAUCUCACGGUCUCUGCCGGCAGUGAGUCUUACGAAGAUACCGAAUUUAUAUACCAGCCGCUGCUCGACGAGCAAAGAGACAGGGAACUAUUGGACCUGCUACCAGAUUAUUUGACCGAGGAGAUUUGCUUUCCGCGAGGGCAAGCGGCCAAGUUCUACUGCAAAGUUGUGGAUUCCAUGUCCAAGAAGAUCAUCCUCGAGGACGAGUGA